AUGGUUUUCAACGGUAAAAAAGGAGCCAUGGACAGCAUAGAUGAAGAAAUUCAUUUCUCAUCAAUGUCGUCUGUGGGAGAGGUGACUCGUACGCGUAAAAUCCUACUUUUACUGAUAAGCUUUCAAUUGGUCUUAACUCUUGUUUGUAGUAUUGCUACUCUUUAUACUUAUAUUUUCGGUUUAAACCCCACGUUUCAAUCGUUCAUUCCCAUCAUUCUGUUUCUGCUAUUUUUUACUUGCUUAAUUUAUAUCGUGGGAUUAGUCGCUGUUGAUCGAUAUAUCGUCAACAGCAUCUUUGUAUUUACCAAGCUGAUGAUAAUAGAUCUUAUUCUGAUUUACUUAACCAUAGGAUUUUGUUUCAUCUUACCCAUAUGUAAGGAAAAGUACACAACUGGCGGAAUUAUUCCAGCUACGAUGAUUGCUAUGAGUUAUUUGAUGGUAUUUUCCGGGAUAUCUUUUCUUCCGGCAUUUACAAUUCGAUACAGUCAAAAAUUAGCUGAGCUGUUGACUGGUAGUGAUUAUAUCGUAGGAAAAUAG